UUGAAGCAUUUUGAAUCUAAUAAAUAUUUUUCCUUAUUUCAUAUUGUAAACCGAUGAAUAAACGAUAGCAGUAGACACUAUCUUCUUUCAACUUUGACGCAAUAAUGAUGGCGCGGAGUCGUAACGUAGAGAAACUAUAUAAAUAGAGGAAGAGUGGGUGAUUGUUUCAUUAACGAUUGAAAGUCUGGAGUGGUGCGUUGGUUAUGUCGUGGCUCGAAUUUUCGUUGAUCUCGCUUUUGCUAUUCUUCACCCAUGGACAUGGGGCGAGCAUUCCAAGAAGGCAAACACAAGUUUGUGGUUACGAGGCAUGUCCUGUAACGGAUUCAAAAAAACUAAAUAUUCAUUUAGUAGCUCAUACUCACGAUGAUGUUGGUUGGUUGAAAACGGUUGAUCAGUAUUAUUUUGGAAGUCGUUCAAAUAUUCAAAAAGCAGGUGUACAAUACAUUCUUGAUAGUGUGAUUGAGGCGUUAUUGGCGAAUCCUGAAAGAAAAUUCAUUUACGUGGAAACUGCAUUUUUAUGGAAAUGGUGGUUGCGUCAAAGCGAAAAAGUCAGGCAAGAUGUGCGAGAUCUAAUAAAUCAAGGAAGAUUAGAAAUUAUCGGUGGUGGAUGGACUAUGAAUGAUGAGGCAGUUACUCACUAUCACUCUCUUAUAGAUCAAUAUACUUGGGGAUUCAGACGUCUUAACGAUACCUUCGGAAGCUGUGCAAGACCAUAUAUAGGAUGGCAGAUAGAUCCUUUUGGUCAUUCCAGAGAACAAGCAUCUUUGUUUGCACAAUUAGGAUUCGAUGGAAUGUUUUUCGGUCGCCUCGAUUAUCAAGAUAAGAUCAAAAGGCUCAAAGAUAAAACGAUGGAAUUCAUUUGGAAAGGAAGUCCGAAUCUAGGAUCACGAGCAGAUUUAUUCACAGUUGUACUGUACAAUAAUUAUAGCCCACCACCUGGUUUCUGUUACGAUGUCUUGUGCAAUGACGAACCAAUAAACGAUGAUCUCGAAAGUCCAGAUUAUAACGUUAACGAUAGGGUCAAUAGAUUUUUGCAAUAUGUGGUUCAUCAAUCUGAAGUAUAUCGUACAAAUAACGUCAUAUUAACAAUGGGAGGAGAUUUCACUUAUCAACAAGCGGAAAUGUACUUUUCUAAUAUGGACUUACUAAUAAAAUAUGUGAGAGAAAGAAAUAGUUCCGACGUGAAUAUAUUUUAUUCUACGCCAUCGUGCUACUUAAAAGCAGUACACGACGCAAAUUUGCAAUGGACGACGAAAGAAGACGAUUUCUUUCCCUACGCGAGUGAUCCACAUUCAUAUUGGACUGGCUAUUUCUCCUCCAGACCAACGAUCAAAUUCUUCGAAAGAAUGGGAAACAAUCUUUUGCAAAUAUCCAAGCAAUUGUCCGCAUUGACUCAAUUGAAAGAUCACGAAAAAGAAUUGGAAUAUUUUCGAGAAGCAAUGGGAGUGUUGCAACAUCAUGAUGCGGUCUCUGGAACUGAGAAACAAUUAGUUGCAAAUGAUUAUGCCCGAAUAUUAUAUAAUGGCAUGGAACAAGGAACAAACAUUGCUUACGAAGCCUUAAGAAAAUGGAUGUUAAAAGAAAAUUCAGAGUUUUUAAAAGGGCACAUACACUCUUGCAUGCAAUUGAAUAUUAGUUCGUGUACGUAUACAGAAGGCAACGAUUUCAUUCUAGCAAUUUACAAUCCUUUGAGUCAGAAUGUCGUAACACCUAUCCGCAUUCCUGUCCAAGAAGAUGCAUACACAGUUGUAGAUCUCGCAGAUGGAAAAGAAAUGAUUUCACAAAUAGUUCCCAUUCCUAGUUCCGUGCAUGCAAUACCGGGAAGAAAGAGUAAUGCGAUGUACGAACUUGUAUUUCUUGCAUCAUUGCUACCUUUGGGUUACAAGUCUUAUGCCAUCAAAAGAGCAGGAAGCGCAAGACAAGAAACUGUGGAGGAAGAAACUUCUAUUGGUAACGAGUUUUAUAAUAUAUCGGUGAACCAGUAUGGUCAUAUCGUAGUCGAAUAAGAAGAAAAAAAUAUGACAGUGACUCAAUCGUUCCAUUAUUACGAAGGAAUGGAAGGAAACAAUAAGGAAUUUAAAAAUAGAUCUUCAGGCGCAUAUAUAUUCAGACCCAGAAACGUAUUCGUUAAAAAUUUCGUAACGCACGGUACUUACAAAGUGUACAAAGGCCCAUUGGUAGAAGAAAUUCAUCAAUAUAUCAAUGAUUGGGUAUCUCAGGUAAUCAGAGUUUACAAUGGAAUAGAAUAUGUUGAAUUCGAUUGGCUCGUUGGACCAAUACCCAUCAAAGAUAUGAUUGGCAAAGAGAUAAUAACGAGAUACUACAGCAAUUUGAAUUCUUCUGGAGAAUUUUACACUGAUAGUAAUGGUCGUGAAAUGUUGAAACGAAAAAGAGAUUAUCGACCGACGUGGAAAGUAAAACUGCAAGAAGAAGUGUCUGGCAAUUAUUAUCCCGUUACUUCGAAAAUUUCAUUGAAAGAUGAAGAAAGACGUCUCAAACUUAGUUUAUUAACAGAUCGAGCGCAAGGUGGAACUAGUUUGAAAGAUGGAGAGAUCGAAAUGAUGGUUCAUAGAAGACUUCUCAAAGACGAUGCAUUCGGUGUAGGAGAAGCUCUCAAUGAAUCUGCAUAUGGUGAAGGUUUGGUGGUUAGAGGUUCUCAUUAUAUUAUCGGUGGUAGCAUAAAAAAUUUAGAUGAACUUGCGAUAAAAGAGAAAAAUUUGGCGCUUCAACUGUUACUUCGUCCAUGGCCUUUUAUUAUAUCUAAUGAAAAUAAUUUUUCGACGUAUGCUAUCUCGCAAAAUAUAGGUCUUGCCAAACCGUUGCCACCAAAUGUUCACAUUUUAACUUUGGAACCGUGGAAAAAAGAUUCUCUUCUAUUAAGAUUAGAGCAUAUUUUCGAAAUAGGUGAAACCGAGAAUUUAUCGAAACCUGUAACAAUCAAUAUACAAGAUCUGUUUAAAACUUUUACGAUCAUAUCCGUUAAGGAGACUACGUUAGGUGGUAAUCAAUGGUUCAAGGAGAUGAAUCGUUUGAAAUGGGAUGCCGAGACGAAUGAUAUUCUUCAAUCGGAAGAAGAAUAUCAGCCUGUAGAAAUUAAAGAUGGUAUCAUAAAUGUAGUUUUGAAACCAAUGGAAAUACGAACAUUUGUCCUUAAAAUAGUACCAAAACGUCUAACUAAAAUUCUCAUGACGUCAGAAGAUGAUGCUUGGGCUCAAACUCUUAUCACAGUAACUCCAGAAGAGGAUGCAACAUUAAGAAAAAUUGCGGAUACAACUAUAGUAUCAUCAACACAGGACGUAAAUUUAGUUCUUGAUCCUGAUGAAAUCGUAAUGAGACGACCGCUUAGACAAUUUGUAGAUACUAAAGAAGCAAAAGAUGAGGUACCAGUAGAGCCAGAAAAGCUAGAACAGCCAGAAGAAAAACCCAAAGAAAAACCCGAAGAUGCAGAAGUUCAAACAUAUUUACAGGGAAUACCAGUCGUACAUAUUUCUACCGAAUACCGAGAUGAAGCCUCACAAACGAUGUAUAUGCAUCCACCAUACCCACCUUUACAAUAUUUUAGAGAUAUCAUGACAUCUAUGAAAGAGGGUCCCAUGCCCGAUUUAAAGAGGAGCAACGUAGCUGCAACUAUUAUUAGCUUCCAUCCCGAAACACCGCAAGAUGUUGUGAUCGAUCAACUAUCCGCGGACGUCACGGACGAAGAACGUGAAGAAUUCGUUUCUAAACUUAGCGACGAAGAAGAAAGGGACAUGGACAUCGCUGAAAUAUUACAUUUUAUAUUAAUACGUGUAUUUUGGAUAGAUGAUCCGACCAGUCAAAUACAACCUGAGACUGCGGAUAAAACUGUGCAAACUUAUAUCAAAUAUAAUAAUCGCACGAAAAUCUUCGUCAUAGAUAAUCAAGUACAAACUGAUUUGAGUUGCGAACCGAAAGAGUCUAACACGAUGCUUUUAUCGGAUUAUUGGGACAAGAAUAUGAUAUUGAAUUACUUGGAAGAUUGUAUUACUAAAGGAAUUGAAGUUAGAAUCAUAGUAGAUGAUAUAAUAGAUGAGAUCAUUGAUAAAUGUGCCGAAAGAGUUAGAUAUCCCAUGAAAGAACAAAGCAUACAAACUAUAGCUACGUACAAAUUAGAUAAAACAGAAAAAGAUGUGUUGAAAAAAUUAAAACUCGAUAUAAUCGUGGAUCCCUUAGAAGCAUCGAUUAUUGUUCUACCUUUGAUAGACGAUUUGUUGCAGAUAGUUUGCGUUAAUGUAUCUAAAAAUGCCGCUAAGAAUGUUAAGAUCAUUUUAAAUAGAAUUCUACAGCGGACGACAAAUAUAAUAACAAAACUUAUGGAACUAGAAAAACAAGCACAGCGCAAGCCAAUAGAUCAAGUGUUAGCUAAAAGAAAAAAGAAAAUUCUUGAAUUGUUGUCGAAGAAAGAAACAGAAACAAUUGCUACACAAACGAGUAUAGCAGCAAUUUCUGAAGUCAAAAAAAUUAUAAAAUCGAAAGAAGUUUUAUGUUCCGUCUGUAGAAGACAGUCAAUGUGUCAAUAUUGUACGAAUAGUCAAAAAAUUGAAGAUGUUCCACAAGAGGAAUUUAAGAUUCUUCGUACACAAGAUAUAUUGUUAGCAUAUAAACCCUGUUAUAUUAUGACCAAAAUAUCCCAAGAAAACAAAAACCUUGAAAUCACUUGUCCAGAAAAAAAUUUGAAAUCUUCUUCAAAACUUCAAGUUUCUUGCUCGAUGGAUUCAAAAGAAUCUCGUCAUACAAUUUGUGUAUUUUUACAAUCUAAUAAACUUGAACCUCGAGAAUCAUUUAACGAAUGGUCUUAUGUAACUGAGGCUACAAUAAUGAAACCAUGUUCUAUAAAAGAAUCCACAAAUAACUCAAGUCAAACAACUGUAAGUUCGUUAGAUCCAUCAUUUCAGCCAGUUUUGUGUAGCACCCAUAGUACAUUAACUUCCCAAGCAGCAACCGCUUUGCAAAUAUUAAAAAAUACAUUUUGUACUCGAGAAACUUGUUUUAUUUCCUCGCAACAAACUUCGCUUAUGGAGAAUGAAAAAGUUUGUAGUUGUAGUAAAUCAAGUUUAACUAUAAAUAACACGAGCUGUACACAACAAACGUGUAAAGCUUUCUCAAAAUUACAUUUACCUAAUACAUGUAACAUUCAAUGUCCUAUAAAAUCACAUGGAGAUGGUUUUAAAAUUAUCCCUAUACAUCUUUCUAAAGAUUCUUCUAUUUGCAAUUAAUAUACAAAUUAAAAUAUUAUUUUACAUAUAUUUAUAAUUAUAAUUAAAUGUAUACAUUACAAUAAUUAAUACAUUCUUAAGAUAUUUAUUUGACAGAAAUAAAUGCAUAUACACUGUUUAAGUAUUCUCAGCCAAGCUACCUAUGUGUCGUAAACAUAAACAUUCAUAAUAUUAUAUGAUACAUUUGUGAUAUUACAUUCAUUUAUUAUAUAUG